CCUUGAGAAAUUACGGCGGGUUGUCCUGCAAUACCCUUCCAAACUACGACCUAAUUGUCAAUUUGUUUUCUAGGCUUGAUAUUAUACAUUACACUGCUCAGACCAAGGAUUACUUAAUCCAGCUCCGUUCGGGUAGCUGUGACGUCGCCGUGAGAGGUGUCUCCUCCUCAAUCUAACACCCGUGGCAGGCCUAAGCCGAAUUGUGUCCAAUAUGGCGGCCAUACAGACCACAUUGAUCUGGAUCGCGUAUGUAGUUGCUGUUGUACUUCUGAUGGCAAUCGCAUCCAUUUUUGUUUUCAUUUACCAAACCCCGAGGGAUCGGUCUGCAUCAGUAACUACCGUAUGCAUCUUCACACUGAGCGCGUUGUUAGCUACGAUUCUUCUGCUCCCGGUCGACAUAGCGUUAGUAUCUUCCACUACGUCUUCAAAAUGGGGCAACAAGAAGGACUGGGCGACACCAAACAGGGUUGAUAACAUUGUUUACACCCUGAAAAUCGUCUACUAUACACUUUAUUCUCUAGAUGCCCUACUCUGCUUGAUCGUGGUACCUUUCACGUACUUCUGGUAUGAGGAAUACGAUGAAGUCGCGGCGGAGGAGGGCAAUCAAAGCUUUGGACAAAGACUGUGGGGUGCGCUGAAAUAUACCAUAACGUUUAUCCUACUAGUCGUCAUCCUUUUCCUAGUUGGGUUUUUCGUCCCAGUGGCCAGAAAUCGAAAGGGCGAGCAUUUUGACCUGGAUUAUUUCAAAAACUUAUUGGCAGAGAACCACGGGGAGCGCGCCCUGACCUUUGCGCUCGGGCUUCUGAUCACCAUUGGAACGUUUAUCUAUAUCCUGUAUACAGGUGCCGGUACUGCACUGCUUCCCAUCAGCUUGAUAAAAUCUGCACCGUCAAUAUCAGCUCCCACGCUGGCUGCAAACACAGCCUCAGAACUAGAACGAAAUCGAGAGCGCCAACGGCAGUUGGAGGGCCGUAAUGCCGGGCGACAAAAUGGACUCGAUGCAAAAGAUCGGAGAGAAUUAGAAGCUUUGGUCCGUGAGGAGAGAACGCUCGUCCGACGGGAGCGAUUGGCUGCCGAAGCAAGCGGUGAAGGACGAAGCUGGCUGGUCAGAGCCUGGGUGAAGCUCGAAGCAGUCUUCAGGCCGGUAAAGCUACUUGGUGGUGUUCUGCUUGUGCUGAUCUCGGUUAUUGUUUGGGUUUCUAUGCUCAUUACAGGCAUCGACAAGGCCAAAAACUCCAUAUGCAAACGCCACUGCGGAUACGUUUUGGGACAUAUCAACAUUUUCCAGCCUAUUAACUGGAUUUUUGUCCAGUCCUCGAAAGUAUUUCCAGUGGACUAUAUCAUCGUGGCGCUACUGGUUCUUUUCUUCUUUGCAAGCUCCGUCGUGGGCAUUGCAAGCAUCGGUAUCCGCUUUUUGUGGGUUACAAUUUUUCAGAUCCGAAAGGGCCAUACGUCACCCCAAGCGCUUCUUAUGGCAACUGUCAUGCUGACCCUGAUGGGUUUGGCCAUUAAUUAUUCUCUCGUCAUGAUGGUUGCACCUCAGUAUGCCACAUUCGGCCCUCAGACGUUCUGUGACAAAGCACCAAGGCACCCGGGGGAGCAGCCCGAUUGUACUAAUCACAGAAGUCUGAUACGCCCCUGCUCAGAGGUGUCCGACAACCCUGCUGCGAAGGAUGUCUGCACUCCAAGCGUAGUCAGCACAUUCCUCAAUCGCAUGACCCUAAACUUCCCUUUCUUUGGAGGCGUCGACUUCUGGGCCCAAUUUGCUUUCUUAGGGAUUUUCUUGAUUGUAUUCGUCACGGCUCUCAUUCGCACACCCAAAAUAAACCAGGCACAACUCGACCAAGACGCAGAGGAGGACGAGGAGGAAGGCCUUCUUGCGAGCACCACCAGAAGGUUUGGUGCUACCUGGCAGGACAUCACUGGCCGGGCGAGAAGGACGGGUGGUCAGACGAAUGGCGCUGGAACCAGCAACCAUGACGACUUGAACAGCGACUGAAGAGGAUUGCAUGCCGCGAACCUGAAGAGGGGAACCAGCUCUGCCUGCCCUGAAUUCCCGAAAAUGCCUAUUCACAUCAUUUUCCAUGUAUUUUGCCGUUAUUCCAGCGUUAUUCCCUCUGAAAUUUGCACGAUACUGCCCGCUUUGAUAUCUUCCACGAGGAAAUUUGUCGUAUAAUCUUGCAAAUAUAAAUUGAAACGCU